AUGCGGAAGCAUGGAGCCACCACCAUUGCCGCCGAUUGCGCCGCGGCGCCAUGGAAGGGGCAUCGCCUUGCUGCUGCACACCAGUGGCCGGAGGCCAAAGGGAGCGCGGCGCCGGCGCUCUUGCCGCCGAUGAAAAGGCUCCUCUACGGUGCGGCCAGCGCUGUGCUCGUCGUCUUCAUCAUGACCUUGCCGCCGAUGGUUGUCCUGUACGGCGCGCGCGCCGGCUCGUCGCCGGCCGUCUGGAUCAGCUCUGCGAGCAUCGGCCGAGGAUCAUCAGGUGAUGUCUCCGUCCUGCACCGGCCGUCGGCGGCGCACGACAAGCUUCUGGGCGGCCUGUUGCCUGAUGGACACGACGAGCGGUCAUGCCGCAGCAGGUACCAGUCCGCCAUGUACCGGCGAAACGCCGGCAAGGAGCCCUCGCCGCACCUGGUUGCCAGGCUGCGGCAGCACGAGGCCCUGCAGAGGCGGUGCGGCCCGGGCACCGCCGCGUACAGCAACGCCGUGGAGAGUCUGAGGUCAGGUGCCACGAGCGGCGGCAGCGGGUCGCCGGAGUGCAGGUACCUUGUGUCGAUAUCGUACCGCGGCCUCGGCAACCGGAUGCUCGCCACCGCGUCGGCGUUCCUGUACGCGCUGCUCACCGACCGCGUGCUCCUCGUCGACCCCAGCAACGAGAUGGACGAGCUGUUCUGCGAGCCAUUCCCCGGCACGACGUGGCUGCUGCCACCGGGCUUCCCGCUGACGAACUACACGAGCUUCAACGUCAGCACCGCCGAGAGCUACGGGAACAUGCUGAAGAAUAGCGUGAUCACAGCCGGCGACGCCGCCGGCGGUGAUACGCCGACGACGCCACACCAACGACAGCCGCCGGCGUUCGCGUACGUCCACCUCGACCACGACUACACCGCGCACGACAAGUACUUCUUCUGCGACGAGGACCAGAGCGUGCUCCGGGACAUCCCGUGGCUGGUGAUGAGGACGGACUGCUACAUUGUGCCGGGGCUGUUCAUGCUCACCGGAUUCCAGCAGGAGCUCGACUCGCUCUUCCCGGAGACGGACGCCGUGUUCCACCACCUCGGCCGCUACCUCUUCUACCCGAACAACCACAUCUGGGGGCUCGUCGCCCGCUACUACGACGCCUACCUCGCGACGGCGCAGCAGCGAGUCGGCAUCCAGGUGCGCGUCUUCGGCGCGCGAGAGCCGCCCAAGGUUCUGGAGCAGAUCACCGCGUGCACGCACGACGAGAAUCUGCUCCCUGAGGUGAUCACCGCCGGAGACCCCGUCGACGUCGCUCCUCCGUCUCACCGCCGCCGCCGGAAGUCCAGGGCCGUCCUCGUCACCUCUCUCCAGUCGUGGUACUACGAGCAGCUCAAGAGCAUGUACUGGGAGCACGCGGCGGCGACCGGCGAGGCGGUGAGCGUGCACCAGCCGAGCCACGAGGAGUACCAGCGCUUCGGCUCCAGGUCGCACGACGCCAAGGCGUGCGCCGAGAUAUACCUGCUCAGCCUCUCCGACGUGCUGGUGACCAGCGGGUGGUCGACGUUCGGGUACGUGGCGCAGGGGCUCGCCGGGCUUACGCCGUGGGUGAUGUACAGGCCGGCGAACGAGUCCGACGUGCCCAGCCCGCCGUGCCGCCGGGACAUGUCCAUGGAGCCGUGCUUCCUCUCGCCGCCGUACAACAAUUGCAGAAAUAAGCGGAGCGCCCACUCCGGCAAGGUUUUGUCGCACGUCCAGAAUUGCCACGACGUGUCAUGGGGAGUGAAGCUCGUUCGUCGUGUGGAAUAG